GCCUUGAUUCAGUAUUAAGAUCAUCCCUAUACGCCCAUUUUUCCGAAACACUUACAGGAUUGCCGAUUAUUCGUGCAUAUCGCGAACAAGAAAGAUUUUCGAGAAAUAACGAAGCUUUUUUAGAUAUCGAAAAUAGAGCAUACUUUCUUAUUAUAUGUAUUCUGCGAUGGCUUGCAGUGCGUCUUGAAAUCAUCGCAAAUAUCUUAAUAUUUUUUGCAAGUUUGUUUGCAAUAAUUUUUAGAUUUAAUAUUUUACCUUCAAUUACUGGAUUAGUAUUGUCUUAUGCACUUCAAGUUACAUUAUAUUUUGAUUGGUGUAUUAGACACAUUUCCGAAGUGGAAGCAAAUAUGAACUCAGUGGAACGUUUAGUUUACUACAGUGAUAAGUUAGAAGUAGAAGCCGAGAAUAUAAUACCGGACAACAGACCACCACCUGGGUGGCCAGCUCGUGGAGAAAUUCACAUUAAAAAUUUGGAAAUUAAAUAUGGACCUGAUAGCCCUCUAGUUUUAAAAGGAAUCUCGGUUAAUAUUAUGGCUACUGAAAAGAUUGGAAUUGUUGGCCGAACUGGAUGUGGAAAAUCAACGUUGGCAACGUCAUUCUUUAGAUUUAUUGAAGCAACUUCUGGAAGUAUUGUAAUUGACGAUAUUGAUAUCAGUACUAUUGGAUUAAAAGACCUUAGAAGUAAUAUUACUAUUAUACCUCAAGAUCCUGUACUAUUUAAUGGCACUAUAAGAAGCAAUUUGGACCCAUUCAACGAGCAUAACGAUCUCGAACUUUGGAAUGCACUUCGUCGUGUACACUUGAUUAAAAAUUCCAAUCCUACUUCUGAAAAAGAACCAGAAGAGUUAGAAGAUAUUCAUUCUAUUUCGGAUCUGAAAAGUAAUAAACAGGAACCAAUAACGCUCGACUUACCUGUCACAGAAAAUGGAACAAAUUUUUCCCAAGGCCAACGACAGCUAAUUGCACUUGCCAGAGCAUUAGUUCGUCAUCCCAAAUUGAUAAUAUUAGAUGAAGCUACUGCGAGUGUAGAUUUCAAAACUGAUCAUCUGAUACAGACUACAAUUCGGAAAGAGUUUAAAGAGAGUACUGUUAUCACUAUUGCGCAUAGGUUACGAACAAUCGCAGACUAUGAUAGAAUUCUGGUUAUGGAUGCUGGAAUUGUAGUGGAAUUCGAUAUUCCAUACUUAUUGAUGCAGAAGCCAGGUGGGUGGUUUAGAGGGCUUUGUGAUAGAAGUGGUGAAUUUACAGAAUUAAUGGAAAUCGCUAAGCAAAAAUAUGAGUGUAUAUCGUCGAUACAUUAA